UAUUUCGAUUGUUAGCCAAAAUCGACAGAGUACCAGUCUAAACAAGGAAGUGCUUUUCUUGAGAAUGAGAAUGCGAAACAAAGUGUGAAAUAUUCUCAUUAAACCUACACGGUGAUGGCUUCCAUACUUGACCAGUAUGAAGAAGAUUCGGCAAAAGCUGCAUCUGGAGUUAGUAGUGCCCAGGUAACCACAAUGCGAGAUCCAAUCGGUCCUGGAUUUGUGGAUGCUAGAAUUGAAGCAGAGCAGCCAAUCUUCAGCAAGAAAAAAGUCAACUUCAAACCACCUGACGCUAUCACCCACCUUGCAGUCUGUAACAACUUUUUGGUAAUGGCCAUGAGUUCAAAUGUUCUACUCAGACUGGAUCUGGAACAUCCUGACAUGCCUGAUGAGGUUGAAAUUCCGCAGCCUGGCGAUGGUAAAGUUCACAAGAUAUUUCUAGACCCAACAGGACGUCAUCUUAUCAUCUCCAUGAACUCGAAUGAGAACCACUACCUUUCCCGAAAUUCCAAAAAACUCAAGCUGAUACCAAAACUAAAGGGUCACUUGAUUGACAGUGUAGGCUGGAACUGGCAAAAUGCUAGUGAAACCACCACAAGUUCUAUACUGAUUGGCACUAGUAAAGGACUUAUUAUUGAAACAGAACUAACAGCAAAUGAGGACAACAGGUUUUUUCAAAGUAGUCUCGAUCAGUAUUUAAAACAGCUCUUCAACUUGGGCACUGACAAGCCAAUACCUGUAACCAGUCUCCAGUUUGACAGAAUGCCAUCCAGUACGAUGACGGAAUAUCGAUACUACAUCUUGGCUACUACUCCUGGGAGACUGUACCAGUUUAUUGGAGCAGUGUCUACCUCUGCAGAACCCCCCAUGUUUGCCUCACUCUUCCAACAGUAUGAGAAUGGACUGGAACAUGAACAGUUCCUGGAGUUGCCUGGAGAUUUUGGCAAAAGUGAAUUACACUUGUUCUUUCCAAAGUUUAGACAGCAAGCACAGAAGUUUGCUUGGAUGACAGGACCUGGUAUAUAUUACGGUGACAUUGAUGUGACAGGAGCAGCGGGACCCAACUCGGUGAUUGCUAAUGCCAAGUUGAUGCCAUACCCUAAAGACGGUGAGGACAAGCAGAUGAUGCCAGUGUCAGUGGUUCUGACAGAAUUCCAUGUUCUCAUUCUCUUCCCUGACAGGUUGAAAGCUGUGUGUGUUUUGAAUGAACAACUGAUAUUCACAGACGUUUAUGUUGAAAGAUUCGGCCGUCUGCUUGGGGUUUGCAAAGAUCCCAUCCGGGGACAGUUGUGGACAUACACAUCCACUGGAGUCUUCAAAUACAAAAUAACCAAAGAAGAUAGAGAUGUUUGGAAGAUGUAUCUGGAUCAGGGAGAUUUUGAACUGGCCAAACAAUAUUGUUUGAGUAAUCCAUCUCAUCUAGACAAAGUUUUGACCAAACAAGCAGAGUACCUUUUCACAAAAGAAAAAUAUGAAGAUAGUGCUGAAAUGUAUGCCAUGACUCAGAACUCAUUUGAAGAAAUUGCUCUCAAAUUUAUCAAAUUGCCCAGAAAAGAUGCUCUAAAGAUGUUUGUGCAGAAGAAACUGUCAUCUUUGAGGAGUCAGGACAAAACUCAAAUGACAAUGCUGGUCACAUGGCUGAUUGAAUUAUUUCUCAACCAGCUGGGAGAGCUGAAGGAGCAAGGACGUGAUGACACAGCUGAAUACAGCUCAAUCCAGGAAGAGUUCAGACAGUUUCUACGGUUACCAAGAGUCAAGGAAACAACUUCGCAUAACCGCUAUGUUGUGUAUGAUUUGAUUGCAAGUCAUGGAGAUGUAGAAGACAUGGUUUUCUUUGCAGUCUUAAUGAAAGACUACGAACGUGUGAUCAGCCAUCACAUCCAGCAUGAGCACUACAAAGGAGCACUUGAUGUUUUGGUGAAACAGACUGAUGUGGAACUGUACUACAAGUUUUCACCCUUGCUGAUGCAGUACACACCUAAAGAGACUGUGGAUUCAUGGAUCAACUUGGGACGACAGCUGGAUCCCAAAAAGCUUAUUCCUGCUCUAGUACAGUAUGACCAUAACCGAUACCGUGAACAGGGCAAUGAGGCGAUCCGGUAUCUCGAGUUCUGCAUACUUAAGUUGGAAAACAAGGAUAAUGCUAUUCAUAACUACCUGCUUUCUCUGUACGCAAAACUGCAGUCAGAAAAUCUAAUGACAUAUUUAAACCUUCAAGGAGAGGACUAUGACAGUGUUUCAUAUGAUCUGAAGUAUGCUCUGCGACUGUGCGCCGAGUUUGGCCACAAGCGAGCCUGUGUUCACGUGUACUCUCUGAUGGGCCUGUAUGAAGAAGCUGUCGACAUGGCCUUGUCUGUGGAUGUGGAACUGGCGAAACAGCAAGCUGACAAACCAGAUCAAGAUGACAUAGAAUUGAGGAAAAAGCUCUGGCUUAGAAUAGCUCGACACGUUGUGGAAGAGGAGAAGGACAUCAGGAGGGCGAUGGAGUUUCUUCAUGAGUGCGACCUGCUCAAGAUCGAAGACAUUCUUCCUUUUUUCCCAGAUUUUGUCACCAUUGAUCACUUUAAGGAUGCGAUUAUCACAUCUCUGCAAGAAUACAACCAGCACAUAGACUCUCUCAAAGAGGAGAUGGAGGAGGCCACACAGAGCGCUGAGGAAAUCAGAAAAGAAAUCCAGAGCUUUAGAACCAAGUAUGCCUUUGUGAAAGGUGAAGAUCGAUGUUCUUCAUGUAACUAUCCUCUCAUGGUCCGAACAUUCUAUCUGUUUCCAUGCCAACACAAGUUCCACAUGGACUGCCUAAUAUCUGAGGUGUUGCCUAGCCUGUCUGGCUCUAAGAAAGCUAAAGUGGACAGUCUACAGAGGAAGCUGGCUGAGAGAGCCGAGAGUCUGCCGUACAGAAAGUCGACGUCCAUACCUGCCGGUGUCAACAAGGACAUUGAAGUGAAGGCUGAACUUGAUGAUUUGGUUGCAUCUGAGUGUAUAUACUGUGGAGAUUUCAUGAUCAGGUGUAUUGACAGUCCUUUUAUUGAAGAUGAUGAAUGGAACUCGGCACAACAGGAAUGGGAAUAACGAUUACGUUACCCAGUUUGAUCAAGUGGAACAAUUUAUUUACACUAAUACACUUUAUGGAAUAUCAGCUAUUUAUUAACCUUCUGACUACUGGAUUAAUUUUCAACAAAAACCAUGUUGAGUGGGUAGAAAUGUAUAACUCUUACUCACAUAUUUUUACUUAAAUUUUUUAUAAAUACAUCAAAUAAUGUUCAUAUGUGAAAAGUUAAGUACUAUUUUCGUGGGUUUUUCUAAUUUAUGAUAUUUUAGAUCAGUUAAUUUGGUUUAAAAAUAUGCAAAUUUGUUUAUAAAGUUGAACUUAUUUACACGCAAUUGGGAUUAGCUUCCCGUUAUUAACAGACAUUAUUCUCAAUCACUGUUUUCUUGACCACUUUGUUUUUGUUGAAACUAACUACGAUUCAUAUCCCAAUAUUUUGUGAAUUUCAUUGUUUAUAAAACGAUCAAAUUUGUUAUCAAAUUACUUGUUACAAUUAGCUAUCAAGUUUUCAAAAUGACCAAGAUGUUCCGCCAUUGUUGUCUCGCAAAAAUACUUGCCAAAAAAAAAAAAAUGAAAACCUAAAAAUUCCCAUAUUUCCUGUGUUCUAUUAUUAUUUCUGGUGAGUGCUGGGUGCAAAACGGCAGGAAAUAUUAAUUGGGGAAUAGUAUGUCUGCUUGCUUAAUGUCCCUGCAAUAUCCAGAAGGUUAAAAUACAGUGUGAACAUUGGAUAAUUGUGACAGAAAAAUCACAUUAAAAAAGAUAACUUUAUUAUCAUUCCACUGUUAAUCAUUAUGUGCAAUAAACAUGUUUGUUUUUA